AUGGGCGCCGCGCGCCGCCGGCCCCUCUGCCUCCUCGGGCCCCCGCUGGGGCUGCUGCUCCUGAUCCUGAGCCGGCCGGCGCCGGGCUGCGCUACCCUGUGGCUCUUGGACCACCCGGCCCCCGUCUGCUCCCAGGAGGGGCUAAGCUGCCAAGUCAAGAACAGUACCUGCCUGGAUGACAGCUGGAUCCAACCUCGCAAUCUGACCCCCUCGUCCCCGAAGGAUGUCCAGGUGAAGGUGCAGGUGGCCCACACCGAGGACGGAGGCCGCGUCCCUGUGGUCCACGUCACGUGGGCCCUGCAGACAGAUGCCAGCAUCCUCUACUUGGAGGGGGCGGAGCUCUCUGUCCUGCAGCUGAACACCAACGAGCGCCUGUGUGUGAAGUUCGAGUUCCUCUCCAGGCUGCAGCACCACCGCCGGCCGUGGCGCUUUAACUUCAGCCACUUUGUGGUGGAACCUGGCCGGGAGUACGAGGUGACUGUUCACCACCUGCCCAAACCCAUCCCUGACGGGGACCCGAACCACCAGUCCAGGACCGUCCUCGUGCCGAGCUGCGGCGACCGCGUGAUGAAGGAGACCCUGCCGUGCGUGCGCUCAGGCAGCCUGUGGGAGCCCGACAUCGCCGUGGGCCUCCUGGAAGGCGCCCGGCAGCUGAAGCUCAGCUUCACCCCGUGGAGUGAGCCCGCCCACUACCAGAUCCUGCUGGAGAGCUUCCCGCGCGAGGAGAACCAGACGUGCUUCCAGCACACGGCAGAUGUGCCUGUGCCCGCCCCGGAGGACCUCCCCCUGCGGGCCAACGUCACGUUCCUGCUGCCCAGCGCGGACUGGUGCUGCCGCCACCGGCUGAAGAUCCAGCCCUUCUUCAGCAGCUGCCUGAAUGACUGUGACCGACGGACUGUGAACCUCAGCUGCCCGAAAACCCUAGACCUUCCAGGCCCGAUAGCAGACUACGUGCCCCUGUGGGCCUACAUAUUCAUCACAGGCGUCGCCAUCCUGCUGGUGGGCUCCGCCAUCCUGCUGAUCCUGUGCAUGACCUGGAGGCUGUCGGGGUCUCAUCAUGAGAAACGGGGCGCCGGCGCCGGGGACCCAGGUGCCCUGCCCCCCGCCGGCCUGACGCCGCCGCCCCUGAAGCCCAGGAAGGUCUGGGUCGUCUACUCGGCCGACCACCCCCUCUACGUGGACGUGGUCCUGAAGUUCGCCCAGUUCCUGCUCACCGUCUGCGGCACCGAGGUGGCCCUCGACCUGCUGGAGGAGCAGGUCAUUGCGGAGAUGGGGGUCAUGACCUGGGUGGGCCGCCAGAAGCAGGAGAUGGUGGACAGCAACUCCAAGAUCGUCAUCCUGUGCUCCCGAGGCACCCGGGCCAAGUGGCAGGCCAUCCUCGGCUGGGAGGAGCCGGCCGUCCAGCUCCGCUGCGACCACCAGCGGCUCGCCGGGGACCUCUUCACCGCCGCCAUGAACAUGAUCCUGCCGGACUUCGAGAAGCCGGCCUGCUUCGGCACCUACAUCGUCUGCUACUUCAGCACCAUCAGCAGCGAGGACGACAUCCCCGACCUGUUCCACAUCGCGCCCCACUACCCGCUCAUGGACCGGUUCGAGGAGGUCUACUUCCGGAUCCAGGACCUGGAGAUGUUUGAGCCGGGCCGAAUGCACCGCGUCGGGGAGCUCGCCGGCGACGGCUACCUGCAGAGCCCCAGCGGCCGGCAGCUCAGGCAGGCCGUGGACCGCUUCCGCGACUGGCAGGCGCAGUGCCCCGACUGGUUCGAGCGCCAGAAGCUCUGCGCGGCGGACGACCAGGACGUCCAGUCUCUGGAUGAAGAGGUGUUUGAGGAGCCGCUGCUGCCCCAGGGGAGUGGGAUCACCAAGCAGACGCCGCUGGUGCGGGAGCCCGCCGCCGGGGGCCUCCUGGUGGUGGAGCCGCUGCUGGCCGGGGGGAGCCCGGGGGUGGCCCUGCUGCAGCCCCAGGGGCGGCUGGAGGCCCAGGCCCUGCAGACAGCGGUGCUGCCCCUGGAGGCGGCCCCUCCCGCCCAGGCCCUGGAGCCCGUCUGCCCCACGGUCGAGGUCGUGGGCAGCAUGGCCCAGCAGGUGGCCGUGGUGGAGGGGGGUGAGGCCUGCCCGCUGCUGGAGGGCGCCGGCCCCCGGCGGAACAGUGUCCUCUUCCUCCCUGUGGCCCCGGAGGACCCCCUGCUCUGCAGCACCCCCCAGGCUCCAUCAGGCGACCUCCCCAAGGCCGUCAGGGGGCAGCUGGAAAGCUUGAUGCUCUCGCUCUUCCAGCAGAGCCUGAGCGGCCCGACCGCGGAGCCGUGGCAGCGGCCGGCACUGGCCGCCCCCGAGCCACACACGCCCUACGGGGAGGGGCAGCGGGAGUCCGUGCAGUCUGACCAGGGCUACAUCUCCAGGAGCUCCCCGCAGCCCCCCGACGGGCUGCUGGAAGUCGGGGAGGAGGACGUGGCGCAGGACCUGGGGCCCCCGGCCAAGCAGCUGUCGCCGGAGGCGCUGGAGAGCCUGAGGGGCCUGCAGAGGCGGCUGCUGUUCGAGGAGCUUCAGAGGGACUCGGGCUGGGAGAGCAUGGAGCCCGGGGAGCCAGCCACGUAAGGCCUGCGCCCGAGCACAGGCGCCCGGGUGUGCACGCGGGCUGUGUGUGUGUGUGUGCAUGUGUAUAUACUCACGCGUAAGGUUCUUUUCCAAUGUAGACGCCCUGAGUUUGACGCCUGGACGCCAUCAUUUCUUUCUGGGACCCUCUGCUCAUCUGCCACCCCCACAAAAGUCUGCUGUUCCCAAGCUGGCGGCAGUGCCCUGGAGUCUCCAUCAUUCACUCAUUUAUCCAAAGUUGAUUUUGUCCCUACUGUGCGCCAGGCGCCCGAGAUACAGAGAGAAGUGGCACCUGUCAUGGGCCCUGGCCGCUAAGGAGCAGGUUCGCAAGUAAAGGACGCAGUCGGGCUGGCUGUGAAGGCUGAACAGAGGCUGCCUGGGAGCCAGGACAGCCCCCGGGGGCCCCCGGCCCAGGGAGCAGUCCUGGAGUGGGAGCCGAGGGGGACGCUGGUGCCCUGGGCCGAGAACCUGUGCUGGGGGGGUGGGGGUGGCGCGGCUGGGAGGUGAGCGGGAGCCAGUCCACCCGCAAACUGCGAGCCGAGCCUGGAGCGCUGUGGGGGGGAGCUGGCCGCUGCCCGGGCUGGGAGCUGCCCGGGGCUGCUCUCGCUCUGCAGAGGCGAUGGCUGAGGGCCAAGCAUAGCUGGGAGCCACCACAGGUCACUUUGGAGGGACGGCUGCAAUGUGAAAGCGACCGGCAUCCACCGGAGAAGAGCCCGAAGCCCUGAGCCCCGUCAGCCCUGGGGGAGCACGCAGGCUGCGGGCGGCCACCCCUGCCCCGCGGGUCCUGCAACAAGGCGAAUUGAGUGGGCUGCACAGGGUCCACACAGUGGGCAGCGAGAUCCUGGGCAGGCCCUUUGGGGGACAGGGAGUGUGCCGUGCUGCUGUUACAGGUGUGGGGUUCAAAGGCAGCAUUUGAGGAGGCGCUCGGGGCCAGCGUUUGAAUGUGGCCCUGGGGGAGACCCUGGGGCUCCGUCGGCCCCUGUGGCGGGGGCUGCCCCUCGCCCGCAGCGUCCGUGUCGGGUGGGGGAGGGUUCAGCAACGGGACUGGAGACCGGGUACCAGAGGCCCCUGUGUGUGGCAG